GCAGCACCCAGUCCCCAGAGUGAAGCUGUUGCCAAUGAACUGCAGGAGCUCUCCUUGCAGCCCGAGCUGACCCUAGGCCUCCACCCUGGCAGGAAUCCCAAUUUGCCUCCACUUAGUGAGCGGAAGAAUGAAAAAUGUCUCAAAUUGGGUAUAACAAAUCGGCGUGAUUGCCUUUCACCUCCACUUUGGAGUGCUUUGAGCCAGUUUGGACACAAGGAGGUUGGAGUUAAAAUGACUUCUGAAGGAAGUAAGCAAGCAUGAGAAGAGGGGGCAGCGCUGUGCUACAGUUGAAACUCCAGCAGCGCCGGACCCGGGAAGAACUGGUGAGCCAAGGGAUCAUGCCGCCUUUGAAAAGUCCAGCUGCAUUUCAUGAGCAGAGAAGGAGCUUGGAGCGGGCCAGGACAGAGGACUAUCUCAAACGGAAGAUUCGUUCCCGGCCGGAGAGAUCGGAGCUGGUCAGGAUGCACAUUUUGGAAGAGACCUCGGCUGAGCCGUCCCUCCAGGCCAAGCAGCUGAAGCUGAAAAGAGCCAGACUAGCCGAUGACCUCAAUGAGAAGAUUGCACAGAGGCCUGGCCCCAUGGAGCUGGUGGAGAAGAACAUCCUUCCUGUUGAGUCCAGCCUGAAGGAAGCCAUCAUUGUGGGCCAGGUGAACUAUCCCAAAGUAGCAGACAGCUCUUCCUUCGAUGAGGACAGCAGCGAUGCCUUAUCCCCCGAGCAGCCUGCCAGCCAUGAGUCUCAGGGUUCUGUGCCGUCACCCCUGGAGGCCCGAGUCAGCGAACCACUGCCCAGUGCCACCUCUGCAUCCCCCACCCAGGUUGUGUCUCAACUUCCAAUGGGCCCGGAUUCCAGAGAAAUGCUUUUCCUGGCAGAGCAGCCUCCUCUGCCUCCCCCACCUCUGCUGCCUCCCAGCCUCACCAAUGGAACCACUGUCCCCACUGCCAAGUCCACCCCCACACUCAUUAAGCAAAGCCAACCCAAGUCUGCCAGUGAGAAGUCACAGCGCAGCAAGAAGGCCAAGGAGCUGAAGCCAAAGGUGAAGAAGCUCAAGUACCACCAGUACAUCCCCCCGGACCAGAAGCAGGACAGGGGGGCACCCCCCAUGGACUCGUCCUACGCCAAGAUCCUGCAGCAGCAGCAGCUCUUCCUCCAGCUGCAGAUCCUCAACCAGCAGCAGCAGCAGCACCACAACUACCAGGCCAUCCUGCCUGCCCCGCCAAAGUCAGCAGGCGAGGCCCUGGGAAGCAGCGGAACCCCCCCAGUACGCAGCCUCUCCACUACCAAUAGCAGCUGCAGCUCGGGCGCCCCUGGGCCCUGUGGGCUGGCACGUCAGAACAGCACCUCACUGACUGGCAAGCCGGGAGCCCUGCCGGCCAACCUGGACGACAUGAAGGUGGCAGAGCUGAAGCAGGAGCUGAAGUUGCGAUCACUGCCUGUCUCAGGCACCAAAACUGAGCUGAUUGAGCGCCUUCGAGCCUAUCAAGACCAAAUCAGCCCUGUCCCAGGAGCCCCCAAGGCCCCUGCCACCACCUCUAUCCUGCACAAGGCUGGCGAGGUGGUGGUAGCCUUCCCGGCGGCCCGGCUGAGCACGGGGCCAGCCCUGGUGGCAGCAGGCCUGGCCCCAACUGAGGUGGUGGUGGCCACGGUGACCAGCAAUGGAGUGGUGAAAUUUGGCAGCACGGGCUCCACACCCCCCGUGUCUCCCACUCCCUCAGAGCGCUCACUGCUCAGCACGGGCGAUGAAAAUUCCACCCCCGGGGACACCUUUGGUGAGAUGGUGACGUCACCUCUGACGCAGCUGACCCUGCAGGCCUCGCCACUGCAGAUCCUCGUGAAGGAGGAGGGCCCCCGGGCCGGGUCCUGUUGCCUGAGCCCUGGGGGGCGGGCGGAGCUAGAGGGGCGCGACAAAGACCAGAUGCUGCAGGAGAAAGACAAGCAGAUUGAGGAGCUGACGCGCAUGCUCCGGCAGAAGCAGCAGCUGGUGGAGCGGCUCAGGCUGCAGCUGGAGCAGGAGAAGCGAGCCCAGCAGCCCGCCCCUGCCCCCACCCCCACCCCCACCCCUGCCCCUCUCAGCACCCCAGUGAAGCAGGAGAACAGCUUCUCUAGCUGCCAGCUGAGCCGACAGCCCCUGGGCCCCGCUCACCCAUUCAACCCCAGCCUGGCAGCCCCAACCACCAACCACAUAGACCCUUGUGCUGCGGCCCCGGGGCCCCCGUCCGUGGUGGUGAAGCAAGAAGCCAUGCAGCCUGAGCCCGAGCCGGUCCCCACCCCCCAGCUGCUUCUGGGGCCUCAGGGCCCUGGCCUCAUCAAGGGGGUUGCACCUCCCACCCUCAUCACUGACUCCACAGGGACCCACCUUGUCCUCACCGUGACCAAUAAGAAUGCAGACAGCCCUGGCCUGUCCAGUGGGAGCCCCCAGCAGCCCUCGUCCCAGCCUGGCUCUCCAGCGCCUGCCCCCUCUGCCCAGAUGGACCUGGAGCACCCACUGCAGCCCCUUUUUGGGACCCCCACUUCUCUGCUGAAGAAGGAACCACCUGGCUAUGAGGAAGCCAUGAGCCAGCAGCCCAAACAGCAGGAAAAUGGUUCCUCAAGCCAGCAGAUGGAUGACCUGUUUGACAUUCUGAUUCAGAGCGGAGAAAUUUCAGCAGAUUUCAAGGAGCCACCAUCCCCGAAGACAGUCUGUGGGUCCCCCCUGGCAGCACAGCUGUCCCCUUCUGCUGAGCUCCCCCAGGCUGCCCCACCUCCCCCAGGCUCACCCUCCCUCCCUGGGCGCUUGGAGGACUUCCUGGAGAGCAGCACGGGGCUGCCCCUGCUGACCAGUGGGCAUGAGGGGCCAGAGCCCCUUUCCCUCAUUGACGACCUCCAUAGCCAGAUGCUGAGCAGCACUGCCAUCCUGGACCACCCCCCGUCACCCAUGGACACCUCUGAAUUGCACUUUGUUCCUGAGCCCAGCAGCACCAUGGGCCUGGACCUGGCUGAUGGCCACCUGGACAGCAUGGACUGGCUGGAGCUGUCAUCAGGUGGUACCGUGCUGAGCCUGGCCCCCCUCAGCACCACAGCCCCCAGCCUCUUCUCCACAGACUUCCUUGAUGGCCAUGAUUUGCAGCUGCACUGGGAUUCCUGCUUGUAGCUCUCUGGCUCAAGACUGGGGGUGGGGAAGGGGCUAGGAGCCGGGGUACUCCAGUGCGUGGCUCUCCUGCGUGAUUCGGCCUCUCCACAUGGUUGUGAGUCUUGACAAUCACAGCUCCUGCUUUUUCCCUUCCCUGGGAGGCUAGAACAGAGAAGCCCCUACUCCUGGUUCAGUCCCACCCAGAGCAGAGGAGAGCAGCCCUGGCUCUCACGCUGGGGUUUUGGACACCUGGUCAGGGUCAGGGGCCAGUGUCUGGCUACAAUUUGGCUAAGGUAGUGAAGCCCGGCCAGGAGGCUUCUCUUCUGACCCAGGGCUGAGACAGGUUAAGGGGUGAAUCUCCUUCCUUUCUCUCCCUGCUUUGCUGUGAAGGGAGAAAUUAGCCUGGGCCUCUACCCCCUAUUCCCCAUGUCUGCCAACCCCCGGGUCCCAGGGCUUCCUGCGAUGGGGCUCCCUGCCAUUUUAGUGUCUUGGUGUAGUGUAACCAUUUAGUGGUUGGUUGGUGGCAACAAUUUUCUGUACAGGUGUAUAUACCUCUCUAUAUUAUAUAUCAACAUACAUAUAGACAUAUAUUUUUGGGGGGGGGGGGACAGGAGAUGGGUGCAACUCCCUCCCAUCCUACUCUCACAGAAGGGCCUGGAAGGCCACGGCUCCUGGGGGCUGGAUGCAAGGUUACCCUUGAGCUGUGUGCCACAGUCUGGGGUCCAGUCUGGCAUGCACCUACCCAGGCCCACCCAUCACGUGUGAUUGACAUGUAGGUACCCUGCCACGGCCUGUGCCCCACCUGCCCUGCUUCCUGGCUCCUUAUCAGUGCCAUGAGGGCAGAGGUGCUACCUGGCCUUCCUGCCAGGAGCUCUCCACCCACUCACAUUCCGUCCCUGCCACCUCACUGCAGCCAGCGUGGCCCUAGGACAGGAGGAGCUUCGGGCCCAGCUUCACCCUGCUGUGGGGCUGAGGGGUGGCCAUGAGGUUGUGGCCAGCUCCUGCCCUGGGGCCACUGGCUUCACAUUCUGGGCUGACUCAUAGGGGAGCAGGGGUGGAGUCACCAAAACCAGUGCUGGGAUAAAGAUGGGGAAGGUGUGUGAACUUUUUAAAAUAAAAACAAAAACACAG